UUUGGCAUUUUAUCAAAUGAGGGAAGUGCAAACAGUGACCCCUUCCUCCUCCUCCUUCUCCAUCAAGUUACCAUGGAAACAUGACUUCCUCUUUAGGCUUGUCUCCGCUCUCCGAUGGGACAUCACUACUGUGCCCUGAACCAGCAUGAAGGACACAAUUUGUGUUGAGGGUUCUCUAUUUGGCUCUACGGGACAAGAGUGUGUCUCCUGUUAUCUCAUCAGCAUGCAGUCUGUCGUAGGAAUUAUUGCCUGCGAUAUCAUCUUGACCGUUCUCAUCGCUAUUUCUGUCUUCUGCUUUGUGACCCUCCACAAGAGGAAAGCAGAACCGAACGUCGGAUCAUCCGUCAAUGAAAAAACAGCAGAGUCCACAGAAUCUCCCUACCAGAUAUGGCCUUUUCAGUGGCUGCUCCAAGUGCAUCUACAACAACAGCAAGCAAGUGAUGAUGUCAGACAAUGUCUCCUUCCAACCAUUAAAGGUUCGCGGGGGGUGCUGGAGCCUAUCUCAGCUGCAUUCGAGCGGAAGGCAGGGUACGCAUGUUCCAAAUAAACACAAACUUAAACCUUGAGGAUUACAACUUGUAUAACUAAAUAAAUUGAAUGAAUGCGUUACCAAAAUCACAGAAAGACUUAAAGAGUUGCCUUGAGGAAAGUCUCAUUUUUGUAAAUCACAAGUUUGGACCACAGUGGCAAUGUCACUACAAGGAUCUGCCAGUUUACAGUGGUUCAAAUUGCUCUAUACAACAUGAGCACUCUACUCAUUUUAGGAAUUUGCUGCCAAAAUGUGUGUUUCCCAAGUUUUGAACUGACCUCGAGUAGUUUUGGCCCCCGGGCUGUCAGUUAAAUAGCCCUGACUGAAUAUGUGCAUUGGCCCAGCUCAGGCAACUACUGUAUGUAUGGAUCUUUCAAAGGAGCUGUUCUUAAGACUGGCGUGUUGCUACAGUAUAUUUUGUUAUACAAUUCAAAUAUCAAGGAAACUAACUACCACUUGUGGCAAACAAAACAUAAUAUUCAUCUCAGAAUAAUUCAAAUGUACAUAUCCUACCAAUGUUUACUGAAUUUGUGGAAAAUGUUCUGAAAUAUUUUUAUAAUUUAAUUAAGUGGGAACAUAUCCCCAUGCUUUGGCAAUGUUAUCAUUAUUUAGUAUUUUCCCUGAACUAAAAUCUAUGUGGUACAAUAAAAUCCAUGCAUGCACACAAAAGUCUUCCACCAACAUUUUAACAAUACAGAAAAAUAUAUGACAAUAAGAAAUGUAUUUAAAUAAAUAAAUGAUAAAUGGGUUGUACUUGUAUAGUGCUUUUCUACCUUCAAGGUACUCAAAGGGCUUUGACACUACUUCCACAUUUACCCAUUCACACACACAUUCACACACUGAUGGAGGGAGCUGCCAUGCAAGGCGCUAACCAGCACCCAUUAGGAGCAAGGGUGAAGUGUCUUGCUCAGGACACAACGAACGUGACGAGGUUGGUACUAGGUGGAUAUUGAACCAGGGACUCUCGGGUUGCGCACGGCCACUCUUCCACUGCGCCAAUUUACAUGUUUAUAAUACAUAUGAAAUACAACUGGAAUAGAUGUGCAUGUUAAAAAUGUGAAUUUAAAACUGCCUAUUGAAACACUUUUUCUCAAGCGCUAAUAUGUCCUCCUUCCUGGCACAGCAGGAAAAGUGGCACCCACAUGUACUGGCAGCGUGGGCAAUUUAAUAUAAAUAUGGCUCGCAAACAAGACUCCCUAAUGGGAAUCGGUUGUCAUGUUUCACUUAAAAGAGCAUUUCGAAAGACUUGAUUAAUUCACGGACGUCACAUCACUACCGGUUCUUUUGCCGAAGAUUUGAGUUACAGAACUGAGUUGUAGACUACCAUUAGUAUUAGCAUAAUACUACCACCACCAAGCUUGAUAAUAGGAAUGGUGUUCCUGGAGCCCAGAGGUUGGGUCUUGGGCGCAGUUGGGUGUUCUAACAGGACAAUGACCCCUAACAAAUCAGGCUAAAAUUAAGGUUUUAGAAUGGCCUUCCCAAAGUCCUGACUCAUACGUGUGGAUAAUGCUGAAGAAACAAGUCCAUGUCAUAAAACCAAAACAUUUAGCUGAACUGCACCAAUUUUGUCAAGAGGAGUGGUCAAGAAUUCAACCAGAAGCUUGCCAGAAGCUUGCCAGAAGCUUGUGGGUGGCUACCAAAAGCGCCUUAUUGCAAUGAAACUUGCCAAGGGACAUGUAACCAAAUAUUAACAUUGCUGUAUGUAUACUUUUGACCCAGCCGAUUUGGUCACAUUUUCA